CUCCCCUUUCUCCGCAUCCUCGCCAGCAUCUGCCGUUUCUUGUCUAGCCAAGCUGUGGAGAGAGCCAAGAUGCCUUCAACAGACAGGGACAGAGAGGAUGUGGUCCACGGGCGCAGUGGAGGAGGACUCCGCCAUCAGAAAGGACGAUCGCCCGCCGUUUGCAUCGACACCGGGCCUGGGGAGGUGGGCCAGUUCUGGACACGGCUGGUGGUGUUCUGUGAGCGGUGUCCUUCACAGGGCGCGAGGCUUCUGGGCUCAUCCGUGUGGCCACGCGGCAUCCCUGUUAUGGCCAGGGAGCUUGUCUUCUGUGUGAGCGGAGGACGGACCUGCUGGGACAUGGUGUCUCUCUGUGUGGAAGUCCAGGACAGCUUCUGGGAGUGGACACACCAGCUGCUCUCCCCCCCAACAGCUGUGAGGCUCCAGGCUCCCCCUGGCCCUGGGCCUUGUCGGCCUGUCUCCCUGGAGCCAUUCUGGAUCAUUAACUGGUUUGUGGCUUUAAAGUCCGUUUCGCAUCAAGGAUCUGAUCCAGCCUUUACCUCCGCGACGUGGUCCCCUUCGCUCAGUCUGUCAUUCGUCUUUCCUGGAGAGAGGGUGUUCUGCUUGGCCGUGCGCAUGUUUCUGAGUUACAAGGCUCAGGCUCCCAUCGCGUCUGGACCCGUGGUGGGACGAGCGUCCUGUCCACCAGGCCGUGGAAAAACCGGCCUCAUCGUUUCACGCCGCAGUCUCGGACCAUUGGAGAGUUUGCUCCCGCACGGGGUGUGGAGAACGGACCUGAUCUCGCCUCUCUCCACACAGCGCGCCGGCUGUCCCAGCACCGUGUGCUACAGCGUCCGUCUUGGCUGUACCGACCGGAGAGGACAUCUGUCCGUCCACGCUGGGCUGCUUCUGCGCUCCAUCCAGCUGCUGAGCUGAGCAACGUGCUUCGGCUGGACUGUGUCGCUUGUUCACCCGUCCUUUACGGAGGCCCCGUGGCUUUCGCAUGGCAGCUUGGAGCCCUGACAUCUGGUGACUCCGAAGCCACACCCAGCAACCGUGGGAGCCUGCCGUGUACACGUGUCCACCGUCUGGUUACUUGUGGCUGCGCAGCUGACCGCCUGAGAUGUGGCACGUUAAAACCCCGUUUGUGAGCCCAGAUUCACCGGACUCGGCUUCACACCAGAAGUGGCCGGCCCAGAGAGCCCUUGCUCCCUGCGAGGCUGGUUGGAGGACGGUGACCUUGUCUGCCGUGUCUGUGCGCCCGGGAGGUUUUCUGUGUCUCCUCACACAGGUGUCACACCCGUCUCGGUACGUCUGCUUGCCAGCUGCUGACUCUGUUUCCCUCCUGUCAUCCGUGUGCUCUUCCCUCUUCUCUCCCCCGCCGCAGGGUCACUGUGUCCGCAUCUGACGGUGGCUGCUAUUCGCAGGUUACCUUCUGUCUGAACUUGCCGAUUUGUCUGAGUUCGUUUCUCAUAGAUAACCUGGAUUUUCCCAGCGUAAUACUAUCCCUUCAGCUGCACACAUAGGUACUUUCACUUUUUUUCUAAUUUUCAGGCCUGUGGUUGUUUCCCUUGUGUGGUGACGCUGGCUGACAUGCCGCAGUAGCAGAGACCACGGGGAAGCCGUGGGCAUCCCUCAGGAGGGCCCCUUCCGGACAUGCCGGCCUCUGUCGGGGCAGACCCACACUGGA